UAAGAUAAAUCUUGAUGGCACAUCUAAUACAUUAUCUGCAGGCGUCUGCUUUGUCUGUGAUGGUUAAGAAGUGUUGGCAUGUGGAGGCUAUUUUUCAUAGGCUUACUGAAUUACCUGUUUGUUGGUAUUCAUGAAGGGCACUGCUCUUCAGCCGUUGUAAAUUCAUUCGAGUCACCAGAAGUUAACGUGGCAGUUAUUGACAAGGAGUACAUUAAUGUCACCUGGAAGCGAGAGGGUCCAUGGAACAAUACAAACAGCUUCUACGUUGACUUCAAAGCUGAUGGAGAAAGGCCUACUGGAGAUCCUUGUACAAGCCAGCUCAUUUCCUGCCAUACAGACAUCUGCACUUUGAAUAGCAAAGAACGAUGUCCAGCUUUUGGUCUCUGUCGGGAUGUGACCGUUGUCGUAAGAAGUCAGGGCUAUGAUUCUGAAGGAAUAUCCAUUCGGACAGAUGGUUACACGCCUACCUUUGUUAACGUAGAGUCAAACAAUGGAAUGCUGAUUGUUUCCUGGAUAGGCCCAGAAAAUGAGGAUGGAGAUUGCUAUGGUGGGUCUGUGCUCACCAUAUUUACGCCAUGGACAGAAUACAGCGCGAGUUUCACUGGAAACCACAGCCACUAUCGGCACACCCAGGACCUUACAGCUUGCGAUGUAGGGAAAGUGACGGCGUCCCUAAGGUCUUUCGAUCUGAUGGGGAACAGCGACACGGCGACUAACGGCACGAAAUACUUGGGGGAAAACGCGUCUCCGGUUAUUAGCGACCUGAAAUCCACACCAGGACGCAGAGGAGCCUUUGUAAAAUGGGAACUACUUGGGAAGUGCUCAAGGGUGACGUCCUUUCACCUGGUUUGGAUGCCUUCAGACGCCGGUGGAGAAGUAAUAGUUUCAGACACAUUUGCCAAUAUAACGGGCUUGUCUCCCUGCCAGGAGUAUCUACUCAGGGUGCAGCCACUGGAGGGGCGAGAUGACUUGGGAGGACAAGAGAGUGUAGCACUGUUCACAGAAUCUGAAGCACCACAAGCUCCGUCCAGCAUAGCAGUACUUAUGGUGGAAAACGAGCCAAACCAUCUGGGUGUGACCUGGACCCAACCUGCACCUCCUGGACCCCUGUGUAACAUUACUAAGAACAGUGUUCGUUGGUUUCAAAGUGAGACAGGGGAAACAGUUGGCCAAGUGGAAAUUACUGCGAACACCGCAUACUUCAUAACUGGCCUUAAGGCCUACACAAAUUAUACGAUAUGCGUUGCUUCUAGAACAGAGGGAGGCUUUAGUCCAGAAAGGAAUGGAUAUAACACCACUGAUCAAGACAUUCCCGGUCCUCCAAUAAUAUGUUCACUGGAAGUCGUAAGUCCUUCGUCCCUGCGGGUUACAUGGGAACGACCACCUCAACCGAAUGGUAUCAUCACGGGAUACAAGACUGAAUGGAGACAUGAAAAUCAAAAUUAUUCUGCAUAUGUGAAUAACAACGAAACCUAUUACAUAAUAGCAAAUUUAACAGCUUGUGUCUUCCACGAAAUAACUGUUAUGGCCGAGACAAUUAAAGGUUUUGGAGAAAGAAGUUCCGAAAAUACAACAAUGGAAGUAGCCCCAGGAGCCCCAGGACAAGUUGAUGCUGUCAUGGUGGCCAACAUCUCAGACCAACUUUGGGUAACAUGGAGCCAGCCUAAUCCAUAUGGAAACUGUACCAUUAUUAACAACAAGAUCACGUGGGUAUGGCAGAGCAUGGGGGAAUAUAAGAAAAACGAUACGACCAUACCAAAAUCCUCCAAUUAUACUAUCACCGGCCUGAGACCUUACACCAUGUACAAUGUAUGCGUAGCAGCUCAGACAGAGGGAGGAUUCGGCCCACACGGAGAAUGUGACAGUGUUUGCACCGAAGAAGACACCCCUGGUCCUCCUGAGGUGAUCGACAUAGUGCAAUCGUCCAACGAAAUCUAUCUAGUGUGGCAAUCCCCUGAUGAACCUAAUGGAAUAAUACUGCUUUAUAACUUGAGUUGGACGAAUGUGGCCGAGAGCAAUGAUAAGGGUUUAGUUACAUUACCUGCAAACCAAACAAGUUAUAAGAUCAAGGGCCUACAGAGUGAAUCUGUGUACUCUGUAUUAAUAUUGGCUAAGACUUCUGCUGGUUGGGGCACCGUAUUGGAACAGAAGGUUUCGACCAAGAAGAAGAUAACGUGGCCUUACUGGUUAGCAGGCGAGACUCUAUUGGCUAUCUUGGCAGUAUUUGUUUGGCGAAGACUGAGAGGGAACUCAAGACAUGAUGUAAGUCAACCUAAGGCCGAUUCCUUCCAAAAUGAGGCAUUUAUACCUGACGAAGGUUCUGAUAAUCAUCACAUGAUUCAAGUUGAGGACAGAGAAGAAAAUGACCAUGAUGUGGACCAUGAAGAAAUCACAAUGAGCGAAUCUACUUCAGAAGGGAAUGACACAAGCAGCAAUGGUACUUAUAGGGAAUCCAGAGAUGAGGGUAAGCAAUAUGAGAAGACUGAUGGCUAUAUGGCAUGGGUAUCACUGUUGAUUGUAUAGCAAGAUCAAACUCAUUUGGUUUAAAGAAUCUGGUUAGAGCAUGUCGGCUCCAUGAUUCAACUGUUCUGAGAGGUGUUCUCAUUACACUGGACAUAUAAUACUUGAUAACUUUUUGUGUAACAGGCAUAAACGAAGGUUCGUAGAAUAACUAACUGCCCAUUUCUGCUAUGGGUAUGGAUCAACAUGACUGUGUGACCCCUAAAAUUGGUGAUGUAAUUGCUGAAACUGCUAAUGAGGAUCAUAAUGAAGAUGCAGUUGACAGCGAAUCGAGUUCAAAAAGAAAUAGAAACAGUUAAUGUGUCUCCCUUGCAAAAUCUUGCCAUCAUAACCCCCUAGGGAAUUUCAGUGGGGAUAUAUCAGGACUCUAUGUAUACAUGUAUAUG